ACCUCUCCUCUCUGCCACUUUCGUCUCUGCGAUCUCCCGCGCCUAUGGCCCUUCGCCGUCAGAUUCUGAUCUUCAACAAAUCGGAGAACUCCAGCGGUUGCACGCACGAUUGCUACGCCUUUCCGUCACCCCAACAUUCGCUUCCCUCUCCACUUUCCUCCGACGACUCCUCUUCCGGUCACCAUCUCAUUGCCAACGUCAUCAUCCCCAUCGUCUCCGUCGCCUCCGCCAUCAUAUUCCUCGUACUUACCUACUAUACCGUGCUCGCACGCCGUCGCCGCUGCGAAGGUGAACUCCCCUCAGUCGGCAACGUUGGUAUCUCCGAAUCGCAAGAAGGUGAGGCCGAUUACCCUGUUUGGCGCAUUCGCACCGUCGGGCUUGAUGAGUCUACAAUCAAUGCCAUCUCCGCGAAACCCUACGUAUCCGGCGUUGGUACUGCCGCAGAUUGCUCGGUUUGCCUCGGUGAUUUCUGCGAGGGCGAACUUGUUCGUUUUCUCCCCGCCUGCGGUCAUGCUUUCCAUGUCUUAUGCAUCGAUACUUGGCUACGAUCUCAUAUUAGCUGCCCUCUUUGCCGGGCUAAAAUCAUCGACUCCGUCGUUACUGUCGCCUCAGAAGGAGAUGAUUUCGGCUCUGCUUCUAGGGUUUUGGAAGAGCUAGAAGAGGAUGAAGAUAUGGUUGUUACUGAUACUGCUUUGGAUUGCAUCGAGAGCUCCACGCUUCGAGAUCGAGGUGGUUUGCCAGAAAAUGUAUUAGGGCAGGAGUGGAUGUCCAACUCUAUGGAUUCAUUUCGGGCAAGUGAUUUAUCUUUAAGAAUGGAUCGUGAAGGGAGAUCUGAAGAUGGGGUUAAUCUGAAUAGGUCAAAGCAGGGCAGUAGUUUUAGCGAGGAAAGUCAACAAAAAAAAGCACUGGAUGUUGGAGGAGGGUCUAACUCUGCAAGUGGAAGAAUUUUCUUCUUUUCAAGAUAUGGGAGAUCGCGCAGUAGCUCAGUCCUUCCAGUGUGAUUGAGAAUUGAUACUUUAUCUCUUGUUUGCAGCUGAGGAUAAUGAACUUCUUUCAUAUAAUUGUUAUGAAGAAGUUGAGAUUAGCGAAGGUUGUGGUUUUCUAUGGUUUCUAAAAUUAGCUGAUGCGAAUAAUUCAUCUAGAAAGAGUUGCGAUGAGGAUGCAAUUGUUUUCAAUUUUAACUUUUGUGAUGCCUCUUUAAUCUUCCCAAUGUGCCCGAUAAAGUAAUUAAUCCAUCUGGGCAGAGCAGUUUUCAUCUGUACUUGGAGAGCUUUUCAUGACAUGGAGAAUAGCUGUCAGGUAAAUAAAUCAAAACCUCUGCAAGAUUCCUUUGUUUGUUUUCACUUCUCUUUUUAACAGAGCUCCAUCAGAAAGAAUAGUUAGAUAUGUGCAGUUGGAUCUAGCAAAAUUUUCAUCAAUAGAGUAUAAUAUCUAACUUCUAAUA